AUGAGAGCUUUAGCAUACUUUGGAAAAGGUGAUAUCCAUUUCACCCACGAGUUAAAGGAACCGCAAAUCACAACUGCAGACGAGCUGGUCAUCGAUAUUGCGUACUGCGGGAUCUGCGGCACGGACCUACAUGAAUACACCGACGGGCCCAUCUUCUUCCCCAAGGACGGACACAGACACGAGAUCAGUGAUAACGAGCUACCGCAAGCGAUGGGUCACGAAAUGGCAGGCAUAGUCAGAGAAGUGGGUCCAGCGGUCACCAGGUUCAAGGUGGGUGACCACGUCACAGUCGAGCCCACGGGGACCUGCAGAGACAGGUACCGCUGGCCAGAGUCCCCCAACGCUAACAAGCCCAAGUGUGCUGCCUGUAAAAAGGGCAUGUACAACACCUGUGCACACCUGGGGCUCAUCGGUAACGGUGUGCAGAGCGGUGGGUUUGCAGAAAGGGUGGUCAUCAACGAGUCCCACUGCUACAAAGUACCCAAGGACAUUCCGCUAGACGUUGUUGCGCUAAUCCAGCCGAUUGCGGUGAGUUGGCAUGCUGUCGGAGUGGCCAAGUACAGCAAACAAGGAGGAUCUGUGCUGAUUCUAGGUGGUGGCCCCAUUGGCCUGGCCACUAUCCUGGCGUUGAACGGGCAUGGGUGCACAGACAUAGUGGUGUCCGAGCCUGCUAAGAUAAGAAGAGAGCUAGCUGCAAAAAUGGGGGCCAAGGUGUUUGACCCUACCUUGCACUCAUACGACGAAAAUGUACGUCUGCUAAAGGAAAUGGCUCCUGGCGGCGAAGGUUUCGACUACUGUUUUGACUGCUCAGGCACGCCUGCCACACUUCGUACCUCCAUCGACUGUCUAACGUUUAGAGGCACUGCGGUGAACGUGGCGAUGUGGGCGUUGGACAAGCCGAUUGAUUUUUUUCCUAUGGACAUAACCCGACAAGAGAAGACAUACACAGGGUCGAUGUGCUACACGUACCACGAUUUCGAAGAGGUGAUCGAUGCGUUUGAGAGGAGGAUGAUUGAUCCAGAAAGGGCCAGGCACAUGAUCACCACAAAGGUGCCGCUAGAGAAGGCGUUUGAGCAUGCACUGAUGAGGCUGAUCACUAGAAAAGAGGAAACAAUCAAAGUACUUGUCACCCCAAAUAACUUUGGAGAGUUAGAAGAAGAAAAAGAAGAAAACGAAAAGAAAGAAAUAAGAGAAGAACACCAUAGGACGGCAAGACUCUAA